GUGUUCUGUGGAGGCUGAAAUGUUCAUAAUGUGACCAUCCUGUCCUAAAAAUUAAUUGGCCUGUAAAAGCUGCAUGCUAGAAUCUUCACUUUGUCUGUGGCUGAGUUUCAGGUUACUGCGCACCUGUGACUGCAGCUCCUCCUCGGUAACGCCAUGUGUCACUUCUCCUGGAUGACCACACUGGAAAACACCCUAUCCGUUAAUGUAAAUUAUGUUCUGUUGUUCGCAUCGUCACGGCAAGUCUUUUAGUUUGAUCUCCAGUCGAUCAUUAAUGGUAUCGCGAGUAUUUGAUGACGGGCGUAGAACGGUGUAUCCAAGCAACAAGGCCAGCACACUAAGUGGAUAGAAGCACAUUUACAGAAGUGAAAGGUGGAUUUUAAAGCGCUACAGCUCGGGAAAUGACUUCUUCUGUCGCAUCGACGGAACCCAGAACUGGCCCUUUGUAUUUCUUUGACCAGCCGACCAAACGAAGCAGAAUUAAAGGAGCGCAAAGUAACAUUUUGCAUUUCAAUUUGGCAAAUGAAGGAGCGAAGUUAGAAGACACAGUGCAAAGUAAUCGAGACGACAACAUCGAAGGUAAAAGUGAUGAGCGCACUCAGGGGCUGCCGGGGGAGACAGGUGGAGAUGUUAAACCUGAUACCUCAUCAAAGGACUACGAUCCGAUGGAUGCGUACAAACGAGCAGCCCCUCGGUUAUUAAACGAAGUGGCUCGCCUACUUUCUCAACAUAAAUGGACUGAGGAGGGGCGUACUAUUCCACACGGGAUUGGAAAUAUUCUAAAUUACUCCUGGAAGGAACUGACGGCGGGCUCGGUGUUCAUGAGAAGUCCGGAACAGACUGACAAACUAGGAAAGUCCAAAGGUUUCCUGAAGUUGGAUGAAGCUCGGUCCCGUCAGUUGUCCGCCAGAUGUGACACGAGGCAGGAAGGAGAGAGAAUCUCAUGUGUUGUGGAAAACGUUGGUCCCUCUGUGGGGAAAACACAACUCAGCUCAAAUCCACGCACGAAAAAACGCAAAGACAAUUCCAAUAAAGCUCACAACUACAACACCGUCAGUUUCUCCAUCUCAUCCAACAGCUGCAGUAAUCCAGGUUGGAUCAUCCAGCCAAAGCAGCCCUCCUGCGUUGAGCCUCGGCAGAUCCGUUUGUGUCAGUGGGUGCUUGAGCAACUCCGGGUGGCAAGAAGUCCUGAAAAACUGCUAACAGCUGAACAGGACCUGAACAAACCGCUCAUACUCCGUCACUAUGGUGAUGCAAAGGCACAACUGAAGGCCAGGAGAGCGAGGAGAACGGCACAGCCUGUUACUGUGGUCAAUGGGAUGCCCCAGAUACCAGAAGUGAAGCAGCAGGAUCCUGCACGGCAGAAACUACACUACAGGAUCAAUGACAGCUCCUCGUUCAUAUACUACCCUUCUGGUUGUAUCGCAGUAUGCCAGAGCCACUCAGGUCUGAGCUGUGGAGGCUUUUAUACCAACGUGUUCAGUGACAGUGAGUGUCCCGUUAUUCUGGCGACUAUCACAGCGUUCGGGCACGGGGCUGUGACACAUCCUCUUAGCUCUGCCAUUACAGCCGUGUGGGACCAGCACGGUGGAUUCAUAUGUGACCAUAAUGGGAACAUAUCUAAGGAGUGGAGCUGGCAGACAGGCCACACACUGAGGGAGAAGAUUGUUAUACAGUUGUCAGAUGGGAUCUCUGUGAGCCUGCUCAGUGGCAUUUCUGCCAUGCUCAGCUUCAGGUGUGACAACGAAAGUGUUCAACUUCCUCUUACUGCUCUGUCGGAUAUUAACCAAUCACAAGAAACGGCUUGUUUGCAGACUGAAGGAAAGUUUACCUCUUAUUUUGCUCAAGACCUGCUGGCGAAGAAGACAACAUCCCUUGAGAGCAAGAGGAACCUGACGCUUACACCUGUGUCUGUGUGCUCCCGGGAGGUCUUCCAGAUGGUCAGAGAGGUGGAGGGGCUGGAGGAGCCAUCCGCGCAGUUUAGAAAAAGACGACAUGUUAGCAGAGAGCUGAAGAGGCUUCAGCAGAGAGUACGGAACACCCUGGGGAGCUGGCUGGAUUAUUAUCGAGUGGCCAUCGGUAUCCAGUGUCCUGACACGAAGCGGAUGCCAGAUGCCCUACUGAGAACCAGGCUGAGGAGAGAGGUACAGUCAGCUGCUCUGCCCUCCCUGAACCCACCUGAGCGAGCAGAUGCUGAACCAGUCCAGCCUGAGGAGGGCAGGAAUGAGUUACAGGAGCUGCACACACAUCUACCAGUACCAGCAGAAAAACCUCUGGACUCCAAUGCCAAGCUGCCAAGGACACAAAGAACCAAAACAAAGGAGAAGCCCCAUGUCACACAGAUAGGACCCCUUCAAAUUUAUGGCAACAUCCAACUUGAGUCAAUAAUUCUUCCAAACAGUGCAGAUUUGCAGCCCUCCGCUUCCACCCGCUGUCCAACCCCGCCGUUGUUCACCCCCUCCGUCCCCCUCACAGUGUGCCCUGCUCUGCUGAGAGCUGCCGUGGGGGGGGAAGGGGGGCACAAGCGGUGCAGCUGCAGCGCUGCACUGAUGCCAGUGGUGACGGACCUGGAGUACGAUGCCUUCAUUAUGUGCCAGCUUCCACACAGUCAACAGAUCCUAGUGGUGUGUGUAACUCUGCCACGCCAACCCGUCAACACACAUGCAGUGUUCGGCCUGGACGUGCUGGAACAGCUCUACAGGAGGAGGAACAAGUACAGAACGAUGCCGUGUACACAGUGCCAGAUGGAUUCAUUUCGCUUGGUGAGGUAUGAGAUGUCGACUCGGAACCCCCGCUGUGGAGUUAAGAACAUCCUGCUGCAGCAGCGGCACAAUGCUGCUCCUGGGAUGGUCCUGAUGUACAUCAGAGGGAAGCUGCUAUUUGUUGGCUACGUAUUCAGUGGUCUCAGCUGCUCUGUCAGGGACCUUCAAAAGCAAAUCUCCAGAACCAGGAGAGACUACAGAUUAGGUCUGAGCCUCCCUUCAGACCACAAGUUCAGUGAUACAGUUAACACUCCUGCAGCCACAGAUGGACAAAACUCACAAGAUGCAACACUGAAAGGACGAGACAUCAACACUGCUUCUGUAGAAAAGGAAAAGACCAAUGAGAGAAAAAACAAUCACGUUCCAGAGGUGUCACACCAACAACAGAGAGACUUUUGUAUCAAACCAAAGAAGACUUCAGCACUUCCUCAAGUUCCUGUUAUCACACAAUGACUAUGCUCCAGUAACACCAUUAUAUAUGUAUUAAUCCAAUGUAGUUUAGUCUCAAAACUGCAUCAACUGUGGGUUAAUUCUUCAGGUAAAUGUACAAUCAAACUACAAACGCCUAAUGUGUUUACUAUGCAGGUUGGCACCACUGUUUAGUCAAAUUUGUACUUGAAAUACAAAACAUUAUUUGGCAUCAGGUGUAAAGAUCAAAGAAAAUCUGUGACAGCUGAUGUUUCAUUGGGCUUUUUAUUUUAUGUAAAUAUCAGUGGGAAACAUCCGCAGAUUUAAUAAAAAAAAU